UUAGGAGAUGAUAGUUAGUCUUUCGGGGAGCUCUGCUGGCAGUGAAGUGAUUGAUGAACAUGUUCGCAAAUUGAUCAAAGGUCUGGAUAGAUUUUUCUGGUAAUGUUACGAACCAAGCCUGCGCAGCUUUCCUGAAAGUUGCUGGGAACUGCCUGCAUAAUAGGGCAUUCGAGGCUCCAUAUACCAUCAUUGCCAUUCUAUAUCCUUGCACGUGCUCCACUGGGUCCUGGGUUCCAUCAUACUCGGCUAGCUGCGGAGUUUUGAAGUUUGGCGGCACAGGUUCCCUGGUGAUGUCGUCUAUAAAGGCUUUUUCUACUGAAGCUGUGUGUACUGGUUCUGCAUAUCUCUGCCUACCAGCUUCUAUUUUUGCCAGAUGUUGCCGCAGCACUUCAAUUUCUUUGUAAACGCUGUCAUCAUGAAUCUGCGUUUCUGUCUUUUGUGGUCCUGCUGCCGUGAGUGUGGUUUCUUGGAUUUGUUGGCUAAUCUUCCUUUGGCUUGAAUGUGUACGAGGUAUCAUGUUCUUAUUUCGAAAAUUGUACUGAGUGAAAGCUGAGGAUGGUUGUAAGCUCGUGUCAACUGUCCACUCUGUUGAUUUUGAAGUAUCUCUUGGAUUCGUGCUUGAUGAAGAGGAGUUGCUCAUCCUGGCUUUGCUUCUGGAACCGGGGAUGCUUCUGCUAGGAGGUGAUGAAUUUUCUGAAUUUUCCAUGUGGUAUUCGUGGAUCAAAAAGAACUCGGCCCCACGGUGGGCGCCAAAUGUUAACCGUAAAAAUAGAGUAGAUGGUGUGGAACCAAGAUCUUUAUUGAUAGAGAGAGUUUACAAUAGAGGGAGAAUUAUAGUGGAAAAUAAUCUAUCUCCUUAGGUUGAUCCUAGAGGUAUUUAUAGGAUGCUUAGAUACAGUUAUUCUAGGAAUACAAUUUUAUUUAAUUGGUGUUUGGGUAUUCUUAUUCUAGUGGGAUUUAUCUUAUUCUACUUUUGAUAGGAUUAUCUCUAAAAUGCCUCCACAUGUCCUAAUUAUCAUAGGAUUUGUUUUAGGGUAUAACAAAAUCCAAAGCAAAGG